CUAAAGACUGUUAUUAUAUUUGGUCAAUUAUUUUCACAUAAAAAUAAAACAGAUUUUUGGUCUUUUCCUUUCAUUCCUGGACUUCAUGAAGAAGAAAAGAUUGUUUAAUAUGACCAUUAAUCUUCUCAGUGAUUUUCAAAGAUUCCUAAUUUGUAAAUUGUUGUAAACUUGUUCCACUUCCAGAAUGAGAACAGUUCAGUUUGAGCCUUUUAUUUGCAUUUGAUUUAAACAAACAGGAAGUAACACCACUCAGUGCUUUUGAAUUAAUCAGCGGUGCAAUCAAUAAGAAUAAAGCUCGUCUAGAUUUGGUUUUCAUGCAUCUUUAUUUUUUCACGCGCGCUGUUUCUAGUUUUAUUUCCUGUUUAAAUGUUGUCGAAUGAUGAAGAUGUUUUUCUUACUUUGCUUGUGUUUUGGCUGUGAGUCACGGUCACGUGCCUCUCUGGGUGUUUCCUGUUCAAAGUUUACUUUCACUUUCUCUGAACGUCGUGUCGCAGAUAGUUUUCUCCUCUGAAGCUGCAGCUGAAGGUAAUGUAACCCGUCUGAAGUGUUUGACUCGUUAACACAAGCUGUCGGCAGCUUAGUUCCACAGAAACAGCAGAAAGCUGCCGCUCGACGCUUCAUUUUAACUCCGUUUAACUGAGUUUCACUGGAAACUCGGGACGAAGGAGGCCAAACAGCCGCCAUUACUGUUACAAAUCUCCGCCAUGUUGUGUCAAGCUGUUAGGCUCGUCGCUUCAGUUUAACUGGAAACUGUAUUUUUGAAUUGAAUAUUUCUGCUGCUUUAUACUUCUGCUCUGUAUCUGCCUAUAUUUGACUGUUUACUUCACUACGUGUUGUUACUUUUCAGAUUCAGAUUCACUAUUAAACAUUCAACUUCCUCAAAGUGUAUAAAACAGUUCAAAGUGGCUCCACCUCAGCCAGCUACAACACAGAGUUGUAGUUACACAUCAGUGACACAAUAAUAAAGUAAUAAUAUAACAGUGACAGCAGCCGUUCAGAUACACUUUGGUCUCAGAGAUGAAGUAGAAUAUUUGUUGCUGCCACAUUAGUUUGUCUGAAGUUCAGCUUCGCCUCUGUGGACUUUGGGCUCCUUAUCGAGGUUGAAGGUUCAGCUUUAUUGUCUUUAUACAACACAGGAUGGCUCAAUACAAUACAGCUGUAGCUCCUCCACACUACACACACAGAACAGGUCUGAACAAAUAUUCACAAUAUUUUAAAUCUGCACUUCACUGCAGCUUCAUGACGCCAUCUAGUGGCCUGAUAGUAGAAGUCCAGCAGCUGAUGGCAGCUUCCUCUGCCUCACUGCUGUCUGACUGCAUUCAGCUGACACUGAUAUGAAACAGAAAGUAACAGCCAAUCACUGGAGGAGCAGCUGAUCUUCUUACAGGAGAAAUGAUGGAAAGGAGGAUUUCAGUUGAUGUGCAGAUGAAGGAUUUGUGUUUCCUCUCCAGAUCAAAGUGUGUGUGAGCUGAUGUGGAUGUGAGUUCAGCAGCAUGAAUCAGUGUGAGGACAGAGAGGAGGGAGCCCCUCCCUCUAAAACCAGUCUGUGUGGGGAACAUGGCAGCCAGACCAGAGCUCAGAGGCCAGAGCAGCAGAGACCAGACUCUGCUGGACCUGGACCUGGACCUGGACCUGAGCCCAGCUGUGUGUCCUUCAGGAGCAACCAGUCCAUGGAGCCACCGCUAUUUUCAAAGGACCAGCUUCACCACUGACAGAGAGGAAGCUGGAAAAACCAGAACCCAGCUGUGUGUCCAUGAAGAGUGACAGGUCCAUGGGUCGUCCUAUAGGCUUCAAAGAUGGACGUCACUCUGCUGAUCAAAGAGUCGACCAGGAGAGCUCAGAGGUUCCCAGUGGUCAGUCUGCCCAGCAGCAUCAAACACACCUGGACUCCAUAUUUAUGCUGCUGGAGGAGAACAUUGUCACUUUUGUGAAGAACGAACUGAAGAAGAUGCAGACGGUUCUGAGAUCAGAUUACCCAGAAUGCUUAGAGAGUCAGAGGGAGGAUGAGGAGGUGUUGGACGGUGAUGAGGAAGAGCAGAGGAGGAGCAGCAGAGAGGCAUUUCUGAAGAUCACACUGCACUUCCUGAGGAGAAUGAAGCAGGAGGAGCUGGCUGACUGUCUGCAGAGCAGAAGUCAUUCUGGAGUUUGUCAGCGUAAACUUAAAUCUAACCUGAAGCAGAAGUUCCAGUGUGUGUUUGAGGGGAUCGCUAAAGCAGGAAACCCAACCCUUCUGAACCAGAUCUACACAGAGCUCUACAUCACAGAGGGAGGGACAGCAGAGGUCAAUGAUGAACAUGAGGUCAGACAGAUUGAAACAGCAUCCAGGAAACCAGACAGACCAGAAACAACAAUCAGACAAGAAGACAUCUUUAAACCCUCACCUGGAAGAGAUGAACCAAUCAGAACGGUGAUGACAAAGGGAGUGGCUGGCAUUGGGAAAACAGUCCUAACACAGAAGUUCACUCUGGACUGGGCUGAAGACAAAGCCAACCAGGACAUACACUUCACAUUUCCAUUCACUUUCAGAGAGCUGAAUGUGCUGAAAGAGGAAAAGUACAGCUUGGUGGAACUUGUUCAUCACUUCUUUACUGAAACCAAAGAAGCAGGAAUCUGCAGGUUUGAAGAGUUCCAGGUUUUGUUCAUCUUAGACGGUCUGGAUGAGUGUCGACUUCCUCUGGACUUCCACAACACUAAAAUCUUGACAGAUGCUACAAAGUCCACCUCAGUGGAUGUGCUGCUGACAAACCUCAUCAGGGGGAACCUGCUUCCCUCUGCUCGCCUCUGGAUAACCACACGACCUGCAGCAGCCAAUCAGAUCCCUCCUGAGUGUGUUGGCAUGGUGACAGAGGUCAGAGGGUUCACUGACCCACAGAAGGAGGAGUACUUCAGGAAGAGAUUCACAGAUGAGGAUCAGGCCAGCAGAAUCAUCUCCCACAUCAAGACCUCACGAAGCCUCCACAUCAUGUGCCACAUCCCAGUCUUCUGCUGGAUCACUGCUACAGUUCUGGAGGAUGUGUUGAAGACCAGAGAGGGAGGAGAGCUGCCCAAGACCCUGACUGAGAUGUACAUCCACUUCCUGGUGGUUCAGUCCAAACUGAAGAACAUCAAGUAUGAUGGAGGAGCUGAGACGGAUCCACACUGGACUCCAGAGAGCAGGAAGAUGAUUGAGUCUCUGGGAAAACUGGCUUUUGAGCAGCUGCAGAAAGGCAACCUGAUCUUCUAUGAAUCAGACCUGACAGAGUGUGGCAUCGAUAUCAGAGCAGCCUCAGUGUACUCAGGAGUGUUCACACAGAUCUUUAGAGAGGAGAGAGGGCUGUACCAGGACAAGGUGUUCUGCUUCGUCCAUCUGAGCGUUCAGGAGUUUCUGGCUGCUCUUCAUGUCCAUCUGACAUUCAUCAGCUCUGGUGUCAAUCUGAUGUCAGAAGAACAAACAACUUCCUGGUGGUCUAAUUUAUUUAAAGACAAUCUAAAAUUUCUACACCAGAGUGCUGUGGACAAGGCCUUACAAAGUCCAAAUGGACACCUGGACUUGUUCCUCCGCUUCCUCCUGGGACUUUCACUGCAGACCAAUCAGACUCUCCUACGAGGCCUGCUGAAAAAGACAGGAAGUGUCUCAAAAAACAGUCAGGAAACAGUCGAGUACAUCAAGAAGAAGAUCGAAGAGACUCCCUCUGCAGAGAAAAGCAUCAAUCUGUUCCACUGUCUGAAUGAACUGAAUGAUCGUUCUCUAGUGGAUCAGAUCCAACAGUCUCUGAGUUCAGGAAGUCUCUCCACAGAUGAACUGUCUCCUGCUCAGUGGUCAGCUCUGGUCUUCAUCUUACUGUCAUCAGGAAAAGAUCUGGAUGUGUUUGACCUGAAGAAAUACUCUGUUUCAGAGGAGGCUCUUCUGAGGCUGCUGCCAGUGGUCAAAGCCUCCAACAAAGCUCUACUGAGUGUCUGUAACCUCUCAGAGAGAAGCUGUGAAGCUCUGUCCUCGGUUCUCAGCUCCCAGUCCUCUAGUCUGAGAGAGCUGGACCUGAGUAACAACAACCUGCAGGAUUCAGGAGUGAAGCUGCUGACGGCUGGACUGGAGAGUCCACAUUGUAAACUGGAAACUCUCAGGGUGGAGCCCGGUGGAGUCCGAUGGCUGAGACCAGGUCUGAGGAAGUAUUCCUGUGAACUCACACUCGACACAAACACAGUGAACAGAAAGAUCAAACUGUCUGACGACAACAGGAAGGCGACACGUGUGAAGGAGGAUCAGCCAUAUCCUGAUCAUCCAGACAGGUUUGACUGCUGGGAACAGCUGCUGUGUAGAAAUGGUCUGACUGGUCGCUGUUACUGGGAGGUCGAGUGGAGAGGAAGAGUUUAUAUAUCAGUGAGUUACAGAGGAAUCAGCAGGAGAGGACGCAGAGAAGACUGUUGGUUUGGAGGGAAUGAUCAGUCCUGGAGACUGAACUGCUCUGAUGAUGGUCGUUACUCUGUCUGUCACAAUAACAGAGAAACAUCCAUCUCCUCCUCCUCCUCCUCCUCCUCCUCCUCCUCCUCCUCCUCCUCCUCCUCCAUCUCUAACAGAGUAGCAGUGUAUGUGGACUGUCCUGCUGGCACUCUGUCCUUCUUCAGAGUCUCCUCUGACACACUGAUCCACCUCCACACCUUCAACACCACAUUCACUGAACCUCUUUAUCCUGGCUUUGGGUUCUGGUCCAGGCCUGGUUCCUCAGUGUCUCUGUGUUCUCUGUAGGAGGGAGAGUCUCCUCCUGUUAGAGAAACACAUCAGUUGAGUCUGUACAGGAUCACAGCUACAGAAAUCUUUCAGGUUAUUGUCAUAAAUUCAUCAAUGAACUCAAAGUGAUUUUCAAAGCUUCUCCAUCUAACAGCUGGAAAUAAAGCCCAACAUUUUCAU